GCGAGCGAGCAUCAGUCCGCGCUCAACCACCACGUCGCACGCUCGUCCACACCCUGGUGUUUACUGUAACAUAGCGUGCGGACUUCUUGCUGCGACCGCUCCGGCGCCAGUGACAGUGUUCGGAGAGUGCAAAGGUGGCCGGCGCGACGGAGACUGUGCAAGGCAUGCUGAUGGCGGGCGCUCUGCCGGCCGAGCCCGAGGGGCUGCUGGCGCUGGGCGCGCUACCGGGACAGAAAGACACCACCUGGACCAAACUGUUCGUUGGCGGACUCCCCUACCACACCACCGACAAGAGCCUGCGAGAACACUUCGCGGUCUACGGCGACAUCGAGGAGGCCGUCGUCAUCACCGACAGACAGACCAGCAAAAGCAGAGGAUACGGAUUUGUAAUAAUGGGUGAUAGAGCAGCAGCGGAACGAGCGUGUAAGGACCCCAACCCCAUCAUCGAUGGAAGGAAAGCCAACGUCAACCUGGCCAUCCUCGGAGCCAAGCCUAGAGGGAACCUGGCGCCUGGGUUCGGGCUGGCGGCGGCGGCGGCGGCCGGCGUGCGCGCAGGGUACCCCACCGUGCUGCAGGCUCCGUACGGGUUGUCUCCGGGCUACGUGUACGGGACUCCUGGAUAUAUGACGGGGGUGGGCGGGGUCGGCGGGGUGAGCGCGGGGUCGGGGCUGGUCAUGCCGCAGCUGCAGCACGCGGCUGCAGUAGCGGCGGCCAACCACCUCUACGAGUACCAGGCGGCGGCGGCGCAGGGCGCUGCGGCCUAUCAACAACAGUACGCAGCCGCGGGAUUCGAUCCUUACGCUACAGCUGCAGCAGCAGCCGCAGCGGCCAGCGGAGCAGGUUAUGUGUCCCCCUACUACGCGCUCCCAGGCGGGGGGGUCCAGGGCCCACUGUUGCCCCCCCUCUCCUAUCCCCCGCAACUGCAGGAGGCGAGGAUGCAGUAAACAAAACUACAGCCGAGGCUACAAUACCAACUUGAAAACGCUAGAUCUGAUACUCUUCAAAGCAGGAAGGCAAGGAAACUAGACGACGUAGCCACGGCGUAGCAAUUUCAGCGAUGCGGUAUUAAGUCCGAAUGAAAGUGAUAAAGAUGACAAAGUGAAGUGCGCAUUGCACCUUAGAAAAUAAAGUCAGUGGAAUAGGCUAGACAUGGUUAAGUUCGUUACCGCAGGAAAGCCAAAUGAUUUAGACUAAAAUAGAUAACAUCUAGACUAUAAUCUAGAAGUCGUAUAUACCAAAAAUAUUAUGGAAUGACCAAAGCUAUGAGCUUUUACGUAGGACUAAGAUGCCAGUUCGUACUUAAUCGUCUAAGAAAGGUGAUGGAAUUUUAGGACCCUUAACUAUUACAGACACAUACAUACCAUACGCGUAUAUACGAGUACCUAUAUAUGAACUAACUAACGUAUAAUGCGUACUUGCGUACAUAGCAAUGUUCAACAAAGUUCGUGCCUCAUUCAUUCAACUUCCUAACAUCACACAUAUUUCCUAUUUUUUAUACUUUAAAUAGUUUAGUUAGGUGUACUGUUAAUAUACAGAUUUCCUUUACAUUAUUCGAAUAUUAAAGUUAGAUAUUCAAUUAUCUAUAUCGUUACAGCUGUUUUAUGACAAUAAUAUAUACGUUCAACAACAGUAGCUGCUAUUAGUAAAGUAAUUAUUAAUUCUAGUUGAUUGAACAUUUCAUCAAACACAUAAUAGUUCAAAUUACUAUACUUAAUUGUUACGUGGCAGCUAUCCAAACUUACAUCACCUUUUGGAUAUUUAAUCAAAAUCAUAAUUGUGAUCUGAAUUGUAAUAGUUUUAUCAAUGUCUAUUUCUCUCAUUGUCCUCUAUGCUUCCUAUAAAUAUUUAAAGUAAUUCUAUAUUUGUAACUUACAGCUUUUUAGGUAGCAAUGCCUUAUAUUUACAAUGAACUAGAUAGUGACUUUAUCGACAAUUUUGGUGACUGGGUAAAGAAUGACGAGUCCAGUGGUUUUAUUACACGUAAUGUAAAUUCCAGGAUUUGAAUAAUUAUAUGAACAGUUGCAAUAAAGCUAUAAAUAUUUGGUGAUCGAGAGGCAUCGAGGACUGUAUGAUAUAUUCUACGUUUUCUAGGUGUUUAUAACAUGUCCAUGUUGCUCAAUGUGUCCUGAUAAGGACUUGGUUUAGCGUAAGGUUCAGGGAGAGCAAUAAAGGGCUAUGUAAGUAAUACUUAAAUUAUAAGUAAGUAAUCUUAAAUUUAUAAUUGUAAAACAACAUAUUUUUAUUGUAAUAUACGCCCUCGUAACACAUGUAAUUUGUUCUCCGAAGCGGUAUAGGGUACUUACUAGUUAGAAUAAUUCAAUUACUAGUCCAUGUAAUUUUAAUUUAAUAAAUUUAGACGUUCGCCGGCCAUCCUUGUUCGAAAGAAAAUGUUUCAAAAUCUAAAAACCCUGUUCUAUACCAUGUUAUUUUGAAAGAACGUAGCAUGAUAUUUAACAGAAUGCUCACCUCCCCUACUUCUGUUUAUAUCCACUUACGUAUUAGUUAAUAGUAGGCAUAUUGGCUUGGAAACUUUUAAAACUUGGCUGUUAUCCAUAGCUAUCUCACUGAAGUGGCCAGUUUUCCGCUUACUGCACUGCUCAUCACAUGUCCAUGAACCAUAGACAGUAGUGUUGGUAAAUGAGAGCAUUUGUUAGAACAGGAGUAUGUGACAUAGGUGUAGGGGUGAGAGGGACAUAGCCGGCGACAUAGUACAAGUUAGGAGCACUAGACCGAGUAGAGAUCACUGAAGUAGUUCGUAAGAUUAAUUUUAAUUAUUGUAAUAUGCUGUUAUUCGUAAUUUAUUUUGUUGAUAUUUGUAAAUCUACAUGUUGAUAACUAUUUAUUAUGUGGAAGAGUAAUAAAAAUUGUUAAAUAUUUAUCGACCGGAUCGAAUCUCUGUCGCAGUGCACGUAAGCCGAGUUUAAAUCUUGGUUCGGUCUAAUAAUUAUAUUGAAUUAUACACAAUAUUAUAUACUUACUAUAAAAAUAAGUAGAUUAAACUAUAUAGAAGCAUACCAAAUGAAACAUUGAUUCAUGUUAGCCAUAGUGGUGGCCAUCUUGCCUUAAUAUAGACUACUUUUAUAAUAUAGUUUAUAAAUAUAGUAUUUUAUAAAAGAAUAAACAGUUUAAAUGUUAAACACAUAUCAUCAGAACAUACGAACAUAUGAACAUAUGAUAUGCGCCGUCCGAGGCGAGGUCCGAUCAGUCCAUAAUAGUGCAUUUCAUUCGCAGUAAAUAUAAGCACAAUUUUAUUAUUUAUGUAUCACAUACAACUUACUAUAAAAAUGUGAAUUCAUACAUAAUAAUUGUUAUAUGUAAUUUAUAAUUUUACUGUAAUCUACUUAAUUUAGGAUAUUUUAAAAAGGAAAAUAAAUUUUUAAGGUACAA